CGGCCGUGCCGUUUGUAUCGUGUGGAUCUCUCCGCGAAAGUCGAUGACAGCUGUCAACGCGCUGCCACUGGCAUUGGUAACGUUGAUCGGUGAACGCGAUCGUUCGCUUGGUACACGCGGCGAGUGCACGCUUUUCGUGGAUUCUUUUUAUGGUGAAACGGGCCACAGGCGGAAGUGGACGAGAAUCGGCUGCGGGGUUGACAAAUGUGCGAUUGGUUGCGCGGUACCGGGACACGCGAGGAGGAAACACGACUGACAGGAUUUGUUAGAGAAGGGGAUGCGAUGACCUGAAGUGUUUGUUUGUAACGAGACGGCACGAGUAAACGGCUAAUGGACAGAUGUUGAAUCUGAGCAUUUACAACAUCGUGAGCAACAUCGGCACGAUGGUCUUCGGGAGCAACAAAUUUCGAAUACGAAGGAGCCAGUCGAAGGCCUCUUACUUGGCUUAUCGGCGGGAACGCGGGGCGCCCGAUACCGAGGGCAGCUACAAGAGGACCAUGUCACCUACGUCUCGCUUAGAGGACUGGCCGCCGCCGCGAGACCACGACGAUCCGGUUCUUCUGCGCGUCACGCCUCAUCAUCCCUUGCAACACCAUCACCAUCACCAUCACCAUCACAAUAAUCACUAUUCGCAACAGCCGGAGCUGUCCAAGUCUCACAGCGUGGACGCCCUUCAUCAUCGACUGGAAGAACGAUCCGUGCAACAACAACAGCAGCAACAGCAACAACAACAAAACUCUACGGAGGUGAUCGGAAAGUUGUCGCACGAUUUGAACAAGAAACUGCAGGCCAGCGAGCCGGCGAGAUCGCGAACCAGCGAGAAUAAUAACAACGAUAACCUGGAGGAUCGACAUCAACAUUAUCACCACCAUCAUCAUCAUCAUCAGGAGAAGAGGCAGCAAGAGAAAAGGCACGAUUAUGAGCAACGUAGGGAACGGCUGUCGCCCCAGAGCGUCGAGGUUCUUAACGACAGGAACCGACAGCUGGAACGCGAACGCAGGAAGCUGGCGGCUAGUUGCGAACCCCUACCUCAGAACAGAGAGAAGCAGAAUCGAAGCAUGGACAGUCCCUCGUCGGUGGUCGAGAAAGAUUUCUUCCGCGAGCGAAGCGCCACUAUCGAAAUGACCUCUCAGAACAUCGAACUUCUGAACCGACGUAACGAGAAGAGAACUAGCGCGACGUCAGCCUCGACGAGCACUGCUGUCAGUACAUGCAUCACGACGUCACCGACGUCAACGACGAUGACGAUCGGAACGGACAGUUGUUGGCCACGAAAUGGUCACGAGUCGCAGAGUACCACCGAAAGCUCGACAGUCUCCGUGGAAAGACCUCCACCACCGACCAGCUCGCCGCCCAGGUCGCCGAAUCAAGCGGAACGGGAUAGUCCAAGAGGCGCGGUGGCCCGACGAUCUGGAAGCUGUUCUAGUUCUGCCUCGAGUAGAUCCUCGGAUUCUUGCAUAUCUCCGCGAAACUUGUCGAACAACUCCUCUCCUAACAACAGGAAGGUCUCCAGUCCCACCCAGACGGACAAUUCUGGUUCAUCGAACAGAUCCAAUUCGCCGGUUCGUUCGAGUCAGAUGAACGAGAUUGAGUUACGAGUGGACAGAUCGUUGAGCAAGUCCAGAUUCGGUGGAAGGUCCUCGACGUCUACGAUCUCAAGCAUGUCGAAGGCUUCUUCUUCGUCGUCGCCCAGAAAUUCUCCGGUCGAUGAGGACAGAUCGCCGCCUUUGUCUUCGCCGUGCGUGUCGCCUCAGCCGGGAAUCGAAGGCCUGACUUUGGUACAACGCACGGAAAUCGUGCUCCGCGUGAACACGGCUACUAGCGACGCUGCCUCGCAGACUGAUAUCCCGGACUCAACGGAGCUUGAAUUACCAGCGAAGAACUUGGAGAUUCCGAUUUGCAGGAAGAAGCUGCCGGAAGAGAUCGAGUGCGAGGAGCUGGGCAGGGAUUUGGCUAGUCAGCUCAGUCCGAACGACAAGUUGGUGCCUCUUCUGGUUCCAGUUCCGGAGCACAAGAAACCCACCGACUACGUUUCCGGUUUGUUCAGGGUGGAGGCGACCUUGCAGCCGAGGCCUAGGCGCAAACUAUCCGUCGGGGAGCCGACAACUCCGUGCUCUGAAAACGGAGACGACGAGAAAAAACACGAGAUACCCUCCGCUCCGGACACUCCGUUGUCGGCGGACUCUACUAGUCCCUUGUCCCCGACGUCGGCUUAUUUCACCACGUCUGAGGGAAAGGCAAGGUUCCUUACGAGAUAUUCGCGGGAUGGGACAGUGGAAGGUAUGACACGGCAGGAAGACUCGCCGCCAUCGGUCAUUCCGACCGACAGCCUUGAUCUCAGACAGAAAAAGGAGGAGCUGAUGAUGAGGCUGGACAAGAAACUUGUGGUCCUGAGGGCCGAACAAGAGGCUGUGCGUGAGGAGGGCGAAGUGAACGAAUCGUUAGGCGCGCGAGUCGCCACGAGGAUCUCUUCGGUCGCUCGACCUGCGGAAGCGUCCAAGUAUCGGCUACACGUGGAAGAAGUGGGCAAGAUCACGAGUCUUCUUCUUGGUUUGAGCGGUAGAUUAGCUCGAGCCGAGAAUGCCCUUUACGGAAUGCCGGCCGAUCACGCAGAGAGGAAAAUCCUGGAGUGCAAAAGGAACAAGUUGGUUGACCAACUGGAAGAGGCGAAGAUCCUGAAGAGUAACAUCGACAAGCGUAGCGUGAACGUGUCGACGAUCCUGUCGAAGUACCUGAACGAGGACGAGUUCGCGGAUUAUCAACACUUCAUCAACAUGAAAGCGAAGCUGAUCGUAGACGGCCGUGAGAUCCAAGACAAGGUGAAACUCGGAGAGGAGCAGCUAGCCGCGCUACGAGAAGCGAUCGACUAGUCGUAAAACAGCGCGAGCCUUAUCGCGAGCUGAUCGCACCAGAGGUACGCGUGAUUAUACUUGGAGAACGCGUGCUCCUUCAAGCGUACGAUGUUUUUGCGUUACGAAGGGAGCACGCGAACAGGUUCAGGGUAUUUUGCAACGACCCGCUGAAACAUACUAAACGAUCCCUGCUACACGUGUUUUUUCUUUUUUUUUUAAAUCGGUGAAUGGAAUGUGAUAUCCGUAGCGAGCAUCGUAUUGGUAGUUCGAAUCGUUUUUACAAACGGCCGCAUUUCCUCUUUGUACAUACUCUUUGAGUUAUAGGUAGUUCAAGCGCCGGCGUAUCUUAUAGUCUAUGCUAAAUUGUUCGAGUUGGAAAUUUUUCUAUGGGUAAAUGGUGCGGGAAGUAAAGGUCACUGCUCGCGUAACGAUCUUACUGAUCCACGCGUGAUCCCUAGAUCGCGUCUCAAGUGCCUAGUCGUUGGUGAGUUCGCAUCGACUAUGUUUAUGUCCCAAGUGGUAUGUGAAUGGAAUACCAUAGUAGGCGCCACGAACGGUACCUGCGUGUAACGAUAAAAUAAAAAUAUGAGAAUAGAAUCGUUAUUUCUUUUCUGCGUGAAAUUUCAAAAUACAAAGUAAAUGCAUAACGAAUUAUUUUGUGCAUGUAUUGUAAUUCGAGAUCAAAAGUUUAAUAUAUUCCAUUUAUAUUGUUCUUCGAAAAAUCGGAUAUGGUCCUGUCGUAAGCGGUUCUGUUCGUGGCAAAGCGUGGACUCCAGUUAGAAAACAAACACGUGUACAGUUGAGAGAUGUUUUUCAUUACCUGGUUAGCAUAAUGUGAGCGGCGGCCGCGCCGCGAAUAUAUUUCUUGACCUAAAUAGAAUUACUUCUGGUGCCUUCUUAUAUACGAUAUGUGAUAUAAAGGGUAAGGAGUCACGUGGUUGUUAGUUAGACAUAUAACCGAACGAUACUUCAGGCAACCAACCGACGUUUUAAUAUGUAUAUAAUUACGAAGGAUGAGAUAAGGUAGCGUUUAAUAAUUAUAGUAGUUGUAGGAUACACGCAUCUAUACAUAUACACUACAUGAAAGAAAGGUACACGUACUCGUAGCAAAUGACAAGUGCGCGCGACCGCGUGCCAGAUACGCAUUCAGAAUCAUUAUACACGCUCACGUAUACAACGAUUAUUACAGUUUUGUUCUAACCCUAGAGGCUCCCGCGAGCCUCUGUAACGCUUGUGAUGUUACUUACUUUUGUACGACCGUAUACCAAGGACUCUCGAAAGCGAACAGUAAACGAACAGAUUUCGAGCCUCCGUGGUGGUCUUAUAAAAAAAAAUUUUAUGCCUCGGUCGUUCUAAAGCUAUUCUCUGUCAGUCACUCCUCCUUCUACCCACGAGACCCCCUUUCCAUUUUAUAUCGCUUUCAUUUUAUAUUACCUGCCUUCUUCGUUUCGACGAUCAUACUCGACGAUGAAGCCGGGAACGGAGAAGACGGCCACGAAAAUUCAAAGCGACGGAUCCUCCGGUUUUUUGAGCUCGGUAAUGAGAUACUUACCCGUUGACUCAAAUAUCCUGAGACGGAAUCUGUCUCCCGUCACUCGUUCCAACGAACGAUUUGCGAUUACAUUAUUAUCAGCUGUCUUUCAACGACAAUUACAGUUAAAUAUUAUUUUGAUUUUUGUACCAGAGAUAAUAAAUUUUUAAAACGAUCUUAAAACGUAGUGUACAUCGCAAAUGUAUCGUUUUUACAUUUCCAAGCGAGGUCGACCAAGUCGCUUCACGAAGAACGAGCAAAAUUGCAUUAAAGAACGAAAAAGAAGAAAUGUAGCGUGCGUAAAAGACUGAGCACAGGGCAUAAAAUUUUGCUACAACACUAUA